AUGUUUGUCCUGCAGGGGGCGUCAGGUGACCGCAAAUACAUCGCCUCUCAGGCGCCUCUCAGCUCCACGGUGACUGACUUCUGGAGGAUGAUCUGGCAGCACCAAACCAAGGUGAUAAUCAUGGCCUGCAGGGAGAUCGAGAUGGGGAAGAAAAAGUGUGAGUCCUACUGGGCAGCUCCUCAUCAGUCUGCAGCAUUCGGACCUUUUACCGUAACUUCUGAGGCGGAGUCCCGACCCAAUGAGGACGUUGUGGUCAGAACUCUGACUGUCAGCUAUCAGCAGGACGUCCGUUCAGUGGUUCAGUUCCAAUACUUAUCCUGGCCGGACCACGACGUCCCCUAUGAGAACGCAGGCGUUCUGGACCUGCUGGAGCGAGCAAGGAGCAGCCGAGGAGGUGAUACCGCCCCUGUUCUGGUCCACUGCAGUGCGGGCUGUGGGAGGACAGGAGUCAUCUGUGCUCUCGACUACAUCUAUGACCUUCUGGUUACCAAGCGGAUCUCCCAAGACUUCAGCAUCCUGAGCAUUGUCCUGGAACUCCGCAGACAAAGACCCUCUGCUGUGCAGACCAAAGAUCAAUAUCGCUUCAUCUUCACCGCAGUCGCCAGCAUGUUUGAACGCUUCCUGCAGACAUCUGAUGACGGCCUCUACUGCAACCUGUCUGAGGUGACAAAAACAGAGAAGAGAACCUCGGCAGCAGCUUCAUCGUCCGUCAACAGGUUAUCAAAGCCUACCAUGAAUGACACGUACGCUGUUGUCAACAAGCCCAAGCAACCCCACAGAACCACAUCAGAACCCGCCUACUGUCCUGUGGUGACACCACGGGCCAAACCUGGAAGCAGGACGCUGCCUUCAUCCCAUCACUAUGACAACGAUUGCAAAGGAGCAUCUUCGGCGCCCAUCUACAGCACGGUGAAACCCAAAGAGAAGCCUCGCUCCCUGCCGCCGUCGGCCUCACCCAUAUACGACAUCGCCACCCCAGCCAGUCAGUCCAUAGAGGGCUCAGACUAUCACCUGGUGUCAGCUGAUGAUCUGUCAGCAGGUGAUCCCGACUAUGAAGACGUUUCCUCUCCUGCGUCAGACUCCAGCAGUUUCUUUGCACCUGGCAGCAUCGGUUUUAACUGCCGCAUCCAGAAGCCCAAAGGACCCAGAGACCCUCCGGCUGAGUGGGGACGCCUGGAGCGCUGAACUAAAGACCGGGUUCACAUUGGACCAUCAGACUGGACUGAAUCAGUUCCCACUGAGCGGCAAAGAUUCAUCACACCGACACGACUGUGCUUUAAUUGUUUACUGUAAUCUUUCAAAACUCCUGUUUAAUUUCACUCUAAGAUUGUAGAAAGCUGCAGAUGUGUUUAAUUCAUUGUUUUAAAUGUUUUCCUAUUAUGUCUUAUUAAACUUCCCCAAAAAAUAUGAUUAAUUUUAUUUUUUUCUUGAAGGUUUUUUCAAAGGGUGUCACAGAAUGGCAGGUCUGAGAAUCGCCUUAAAAAGCUCAUUAAAAACAUGAGUUGAAAUAAUGAUGUUUUAUUGAUCUAAGCGUUUCGCACUUUAUUUUUAACAAACAUCCAGUUUGGCUUAA